CCGUUCUCUGCGCGCGGGGCGGAGCGGCUCAAAAAAAAAAAUACCCCCUCGUUAUUAUCUUGAGCAUAUAUUUCUUUUAAGAAGAUGGCGGCGAGUCAGGGAGGAGCGGCAGCCGCGGCUGUCCUGCAGGGCCAUCACUAUCCGGCCGGACCGCACUGGAGCGCGAACGGCGCGCCGCCUCAACCCCAGGCACCGCACACCGCGCGCAGCCUGGACCGCGCGCUCGAUGACGCCGCCAGCUCCGGGGUUCUGAACAUCAGCGGGAGGAAACUGCGCGACUACCCGGGGCUCAGCUACGAUCUCACGGACACCACGCAUGCAGAUUUAUCCAAGAACCGUUUUGGAGAGAUCCCUCCUGAAGUGUGUAUGUUUGCCCCGCUGGAGUCGCUCAACCUCUACCACAACUGCAUAAAGAUGAUUCCCGAAGCCAUUGUUAACUUACAGAUGCUUACAUACCUCAAUGUCAGUCGGAAUCAACUAUCCGUGCUGCCCAAGUUCCUGUUCAGUCUGCCACUCCGAGUCCUGGUGGUCAGCAACAACAAACUGCUGUCCAUUCCGGACGAUAUCGGCAAAGCCAAAGACCUCAUGGAACUGGACAUAAGCUGUAAUGAAAUUCAGGUGCUUCCUACUCAGAUGGGGAAUCUCCAUGCCUUACGAGAACUGAACAUCAGAAGAAACUGCAUACAAGUCCUUCCUGAUGAGCUGUCUGAUCUGCCAUUGAUCAGGUUGGAUUUCUCCUGUAAUAAGAUCACAGAAAUCCCCACAUCUUACCGUAAACUGUGUCAGAUCCAGCACAUCAUCCUGGAUAACAACCCCAUGCAGUCCCCUCCUGCGCAGAUAUGUCUGAAGGGAAAGAUACAUAUCUUUAAGUACUUGAACAUGCAGGCAUGUCGGCUAGAGAAAAAGCCUGAUUCACUGGAUCUACCCUUGCCAGGCAAACGGUGUUUAGCACAGCAGCUAACAGACAGCAUAGAGGAUUUUUACCCUAGCAAGAACCACGGACCUGAUUCAGGUAUUGGCAGUGACAACGGUGAUAAGAGACUAUCUACUACAGAGCCCUCGGAUGAUGACACUAUCAGUCUGCACUCUCAGGUGUCGGAGACUGCGCGGGCUGAAGCCCACUCUCUCCUCUGCAAACUGGACUCAAAUCGAGAUCAGGACCUGUAUGACUUUGACCCAAACCCAGAUGAUGAUAUUGCUCUCUGUGAGGCCGACAUGCAGCAGAACACACCCUAUAUCACCUGUAUAAAGGAGCUGGAGAGGGUUCUUAAAACACACCAAAGCAAAGACAAGGAGAACUGGAAGGAAGAGUCUGGCUCAGAGAAAGAGCAGCUUGCCGAAGAAGAAGAUGAUGAUGAGCUAAAGGAGGUUUUGGAUCUUAGGAAAAUUGCAGUGCAACUGCUGCAGCAGGAGCAACAGAACAGGAGGCGCUCCUUAAUUUGUAGAGCAGAAAGCCUCAUCCACCGAAGGAGGGCUGCAGGGAGAACACACAGAUUUCUCAGUCAUUCAGGAGGAAGCAGCAAACAGAGAUCUCCAUCACAAACUGUUAGGAGUGCAUCACUGGAUGAGGGAAGCAGUACAUCUUCAGCAAUGUGUGGACAGGACGGCGGCCUCACAGAUGAAGAUGCCACAUUCUCUGAGCCUUCUUUAUCCUGCUCGUUCGAUGGGAGUCUGAAGUCGGAGAAUGGCGAAAGUCAGCCCAAAUGGCCAGAGCUUCCUCCAAUUUUAAACCAGAAUGAAGAACGGAGACGAAACAAAUACCUGAGGAAGGACUACCUCAAGUACAAGUGCCAAAGCGCACGAAGAAACUCCACAGAGAAUGACUGUGAGGAGGGAAUGCAUUCCCCAGACUUCAGCACAACAUUGACUGUUUUUGGCUUGAAGCCGAGAUCAGCAUUUUCCCGCAGUAGUCGUCAGGAGUAUGGUUCGACAGACCCCAGUUUCACAAUGAGGAGAAAGAUGGAGCAUCUCAGAGAGGAAAUGGAGCAGAUAAGGCUCUUGCGACAGAACCUGGAGUCAAGACUGAAGGUUUUGCUGCCUGAUGAUGUGGGUGCUGCUUUAAUGGAUGGUGUUGUGUUGUGCCAUCUGGCCAAUCACAUUCGACCUCGGUCUGUGGCCAGCAUUCAUGUUCCCUCACCAGCAGUACCAAAGCUGAGUAUGGCAAAGUGUCGGCGAAAUGUUGAGAAUUUUCUGGAUGCAUGCAAGAAGCUUGGUGUACCACAGGACAAGUUGUGUUUGCCUCAUCACAUUCUGGAGGAACGAGGUUUGGUGAAAGUCGGUGUUACUGUUCAAGCCUUGCUGGAUUUGUCAUCAUCCAAGCCGACUCAGACAUCCACCAUGUAGCAAACCAUGUACCCCCCCACCCCCACCCCCCCAAAAAAGGAUAAACAGGCAUUCUCUAGCAUUGUCCAUCCUGCCUUAUGUUCAUCUGAGCAGUCUGCUAUGUACACUCCUUUAGCCUCUGAAUUUUCAACCACAGGAAAGCUUUCUCGGAGCAGACUUAACAAUCCCUGCUAGAGGCCACAAAAUUAUGUUCUAGAACCUUCUAACCUUAGUUUAAUGCCACACAAGCUACUGAGAGACUGGUCAGAGGCUGAACGAGAGAAAUGGAGAAGAAAUGAAAGUAGCCAGAUAAUAUUAUCCAAUGAGGUAGACGACUACCUCAUAUAGGAUAGUGCAUUUUUUUUCUGUCUCUGGUUCCAUAAAACAUUUCAGAAGAUGUUACACAAAUCAGCAUUCAUUUUUGGCUGCUUAAAUGCUUAUUCGCCAGUACCACUUGUCAAACACUGUGUAAAACCAGCAGCCUACUAUUUUAACAGUAGAGAGUGGUAGUGAGUUUUAGAUUUACCUAUGGGAAAAGUGGCUAUAUCAUUAUUAGAAAAAUGUUAUCAUCACUCUCUUUCAUGUUUCAUUUAACCAUAGGGUGCUAUGCUACCACAACAAACGACAAACUUAUUUAGCCACUCUCAUAAAGGUGAAUGGAAGCUUUACUUCUCCCUUCUACCUCUCACUAUCUCUCUUCCUCUAUUUGGUCCUCGUUCAUUUCAUUCUCUGCUAGACCAGGGAGCCCACAGAAAUAAGACCAGGAAGAAUUUUUGGAUAGCUGACUGGCUGAUAUGGAGCAAUGGGCAGACAUUAUCACAUAGAACAGAAUGCUCUCCUCCUGCUUGAAGCCACUAAAUUGGAGAAGUACUUUGUGUGUUUGGAAGUAUUCCUUGUACACAUUUAAGUAGAACACAGAUUUUAAGCUGUGGACAAGAGAAGAGACAGUCAAUGAUUAGUGUAUUUCACUGAAUGCACAGUGCAACUGAACAGACAGUGUGGAAUGUACUGAAGAAACUGUUUAUGGAGCAACAUACACUCAAAAAAGGAUAAACUGAAUUUCUAUUUUUUUUUUUGUUUUGUUUUAAUUGGAUACAUUAUAUGAAUUGCUUAAAAGGAUCAUGCAAACUAUUAUGCUUUCAUUGACUUAGGUUAAAUACAUGGAUACCCUGCAUCAUAGUUUUUUUUUUUUUUUUUUUUAAGUCUAGUUUUCAUUUUUAUGAUUUGUAGGUGUUAUGCAUAAUGCAUCGGAACCCUCAACAUCACAAUUCUUACAGUAGGAACUGCAACAAGGCAUUAAAGUAAAUCAAACAUAGCACAAUUUAUUGCACCUUAUAUGCUUGUGAGCUAUACUAGUUUAAGGAAAGACAUUUGAAUCCAGUCACGAUAGGGUCGUACCUUUCUAAGCUGUUCUAGUUUUACAUAACCUUAUCACUUUAAAUUCACCAAUCUUUAUGAACACUUUUUUUUUCUUUUUAUUUAUUUAUUUUUUGUUUUGUUUUUUUAUCUUUAAGCUUCUGUCCUGUGCUGUAAACAUGAAGGAGUUUUAGACCAGUGAUGUGACUGGCAUCAAUCCCUAACUACUAAUUGUAAAGAGAGUUGUCCAAGAAAUUAUUUAUGUAUUUAUUGUAUAUUUAUUGCUUUUUUUUUCUACAUGCAUUUUUUUUUUUUUUUUAAAUCUGGUUUUUAUUUCAUUAUAAUACUCAGGUGAGAUGUGAGGUGGGAUUGGUCUUAAUUACAUACUUGCAUACUGACAAGGCAUGAUUCCAGUCAGUUGAUCAUGAAAUAGUCUUAUGUACUGGAGAAUAAUUUUACUCUGCUUGCCCUUAAAUCUAGCCCACCCCUAGAAAAAAAAAAAACCCAGUAUGUUUCAUCUUAAUACAGGACCAGCAUGCAAAAAAACAACAUACAGUGACCAUACAACUGUAGACAGCCUAACACUUAAAUCAUGAUAUCUGAUUAUACCUUUAAUUUAAUACUAUAAAAACAUUGGUUCAGUUGUACUCCAGGAUUUGCAAUUAUUGUUUUCCUAGGCCUACAAUCAACACAAAUGCCUGUACUAAUACAGACCUUUUGGUGCGGAAUCUCGAGCUAUCAGUUUUUAUAUGAAGUUACCUUAUGCUUAUGGUGUCACCCUGUUCAAUCGCUUACGUAUAUAUUCAGCUGUGAGGUCUAGACACUGGUUCUAUGCAUUUGUUUUUUUUUACUUUUUGUGCAAGCCAUAACAUGCAGAACACCCAUUGGCCCAUGUUCAGUCAUAACACUUAAAUGUAUUAAAUUGCUCAUGUAUUGAGCAGAAAGGUCUUUACACAGAUUUUAUAUAUUGUUUAUGUGAACCAUAGCAUGCAAAACACAUUAUUGGCCAAUGUCCAGUGAACACAUAAAUGUACGGUGGGGGUUAUGGUUUAUUGGUUCUAUACAUUUAGUACGUCAUCCUUCAUACAAGCCAUGGCAUGCAUAACACCUUACGGGCGUUUUUUUUUUUUCUUUACAUGUUCAGUUCAAGUUAUAUUUGUCUCUUGAGCUAUUUACAGUAAUGAUUCAUAUAUCUAUGUAUAUCAUAUAUAUAUGAUAUUCACUAUCCCAGUCCUUAACAGGCUAUGUGCUCAAAUAUCUUUCUUUGACUGUCUCCUAGCCAAAAUUCCCUCAUGCUGAUUGAGUACACAUAUGUCUCUUUGAAAUAUCAGGAAUGUGUCAUCUGUUUUUCCAUCCCUUUUUUCCUUGUUUUCCACUUACCAAAACAAUGUUUAACUUCGAAGGGGAAAUAUAUGUUAAGGAGUACCAGUUGACUGAUGUUCCAAAAGUACAGAUGACCCCAUAAUCCUCCCAGAAAAGCAUACGUGAGAUCAUUUUAUUAUGACUGGCAAGUCGUUUUCCACUUAUAACUCCUUGUUUCAAAUAAUUUCGGGAGGACACCUAAAGUCUUGCUUUUCUCUUUUCCAUCUGUAUAACAGCAUUGCUUUGUUACACUGUAAAGAACAUAUUAAUUUGUACAUAACCUGUGUAUUGCAACACUGAAUUGUGAUUAUGAUGUUGGUGCAUUAUGCAAUUGCAAUAAUGCAGAUUUGUGCCAGUAAGAAUAUCUUUUGCCCCAAAAGGCCAAGCUAUAGACUGCCAUUUUUUCUUCUUCACUUCACUAACAUUCCCUAUACACUUUCACUAUUCCUUAAAUCAACAUUUGUCUGUUUUUAACCUCAGUCAAGUGCUGUUCUGUUAACUCCUUUUCUUAGAAAAUAGUGUAUUGCACAGUAGCUGAUCUACUGUUUUAGCAUGUGAGUCAUGGCUCACAUCAUAUUAAGAUAAUAGAGAAAUGGUUUGGAGAUCAAGCAUGUGCAGUGCAUACUGGCUUUUUAAUUUCCUUGCAACUCUGUAAUAUUCUGUAAAAAGUGGGGGUCAAUGUGCACACAUUUUUGUCAGGACAGUAUGAUUUCUACAAAGAUGUGUGUGUAGAUAGAUGUUUUGUAUGAAACAUGACUUUGUUUGCAUGCUUGGAUCCUCUGUGAUCAACUUUCCAUUCCUGUAUAAAACUCUGUAUAAAAGUAUUAGAACAUUUCUUAAGGAAACAAGGAAAUAAAUGAAUGGCUUCAAAGGUCACAAGAAGAAAAAAGUUCAAAUACAAAGACCUUUUCCACUUAUGUACGUGUUAAUUUAUUGUUGUUUUAGAAUAUGUGAUGGAUGUUUACUUCUGAUAUUUUCGGUUUUCUUGCUGUUUCUGCAAGAGAAUAUGAUGAAUAGAAGAGAACUUUUGUUGUUUUUGAUGGUUUCAAGUUGGAUGGCAUAAUUUGCAAGUGCAAUGGAUCAUUGCAAGUCUGGAGAAUGAAGUCUAGAUUACUCUUUUUUGCUGCCUCUUGUUAAUGACAAGUAUUAGACUGACCUCUGCAUUUCCAGAGAAACUGUAUGAACCAGUUCCCUGGAAAAAGGGAAAUACAUAACAUUCUGGAAGGAAGGAAGGAAAUCAAAGGAACAAAGAACAUAACCAAGAUGCAUGUUAGUGCUCCAAAGUGCUCCCAACAAUGUCAGCACUUUACUGUAGCCUCAUGAUCCAUCCCAUAAGGAAUUACCUUUGACAUUAUGUAAAUCCAAACAUUUAAUUUGGUUCCCAAGCACAGGUUAUGUGCAUGACACCCACAUCACAGGUUUCAGAGACUUCUUAUGAAACCAUAUGUUCAUGAUUGUUCCCUGAUAGAAAUGUACGCAUUAACUAUAUGUAAAAGUGACAAGUGGCUGGUGGUGCUCAUAAAAGCACUCAUGUGAAACUCAAGGUUAAAAUUUAAAUGUUCUUGGUUAGAGAGUGCGCCUUUAUUUCAAGAUUCAUUUUUAAGUAAGAUGAGUCUUUAGUCUGCAUUUUGUGGAAGAAAGCUGAUGAGUUACAGUGAGUUUGGUUGACUCAGCUUGCUUGCUGACUCAGCUUGCUUAGUUUUACAGUUUUGUCCCAUCGUCUGUUCCUCUUUUUUUUUUCUUUUUCUUUUUUAUUAUGAUUGUGACAUGGUUUUGUGAGUUCCACCAUGAGUGUUAUUAGUAAGAAUAUCUCAAACCUGACUCACAUAUCAUGGAAUUAUGCAAUAAUGCAAACAUGCAGGAAUUUGCAAAAUAACAAGACUCUUUACAACAGUCCACAUACAAGUUUGUGACAUGGUCUGGUUGAAUGGGCGAUGCUAGACAAUUCUUUGGAAUAAAACCCAUUUAAGACCCUUCACAGCUAACUUGUUAACUGGGCACUGAAUGGCUCUGGGUUGCCUGUUUUACAAAUAUGUAAGCUUAAUGAUGAUGAGAGCUACUGCUCUAAACAUAUACAAUUUUUUUCAGGUUUGCUCGAGGAACAUUUAAUAAUAAACACAGAACAUCUACUAAGUCAAUCAGUCAUCUUCAGUAAAUGCUUUAAUAUAUAUGAAUAUACCCUGGAUGGGUGUUCACCAGGGCACCAUGAACACACAUAUUUUCACACUAAUUUAAAGCUCAGAGGCAACAUAUUUGCCAGCUGCCCAGAGGAAACCCACACAGACACAGCAAGGUCAUGAAUAGAUAUAACCCAAGCUCAAAAAUGAAAUGGCAUAAAUGAGCCGGAAAUUCAUGCCCAGACACUGUAUUGCUUUCGGUUUUCAAACUUCUAGAUAAGUCAGUCUGAUUAGCUGUGGUGUGCCAAACAGAUACAAAAGAUUAGAAAAUUGUCAGCUUUCAUCUACAUGGUGAAUGUAAGAUGUAGAUAUAAAACCACAAGAAAGGUUAUUUACGAUCCAUGUCUCUAUCACCUAAAAUUUCAGAAACACUGAUUCUAGCAGCUUGACCAUAAAAAAAAAAGGCAAGAAAAUACUUGGAAAUGUAAUUACACAAUUUAUAAUAUGAUAGAGUGAAACUCCUAUGUAGAGAAAAUUCAAACACACAGUCACACACAAAAAGGCUACAAAAGCUAAUUUUGCAGUGUGUCAUUUUCCUCAAACAGUUCAUACAACUGCCUGAUUUAUGUCAAAAAAUUGGUAAGGCAUUUUUGCUCCCAUAGACCUGUAGGGGGAGCUGUAUUCUGCUUUGAACAAAAAGGCGAUCUCUGGAAGCGGUGUACAUUCAGACUGUUUCCAGAGGAGAGUGUGUAAACGCACACCAAGAGCAUCCCUACACAGAAGUGCUCCGUCUUGCCAUUCAAGAACAUUAAGAAGAACGCAAAUACAUUACUGAAGGAUGAUUUUGUGCCACACAAUGCCCUGGAUGUAUUCAGUCAUCUUUGCUUUGUUGACUAAUCACAUGUCACACUCAGUCACUGUAGCAGGCAUGUCAGUGGAUCCUCCAGAAAACAUAAAGAUCAUCGAUCCAGGUCAUCUGGGUUACUUGAACAUUGAGUGGAGUCAACCAAGCAGCUUGAAUAACCUCUCAAACUGUAACAUUCGCUACCAGCUCCGCUUUUAUGACACAUAU